CAACAUCCCGCCCUCGUUGGCAACCGAAACCGACCCUCUUAGAGCUACCAGCUAAAAGACGCAUCAUAUCACCGUCGUCGUCUUUUAAUUCUGCAUCUUUGCUUCACGCAGCAUCCGUUUGUGUACUUGUUUCGUACCUGAAAGGCCAAGAUGCCGGUUAGGACGAGAAAUCCACGUUCGGUGACGAACGAAAACGAUGAAAACAGCAAUGCCACAGCCCGCGUUACCCGGGCAAAGUCCGCGGCUACUCUGACUGUUGACGAGCUUGCCAUUCCCACCAAGGCGUUGCAGACAAAGAAGGGUGCCACUAAUGCCAAUCCCACGCGCAAGCGUGCUGCCCUCGGAGACGUGAGCAAUGUGACCAAAGUUGAGCCCACGGAGGGCAAGAAGCCGGUGGGGAGGACCGGCCUCGUAUCCAAGGCGGCACAGCCCACUGGUAUUCAGAAGAAGACGACCACAACGCGGUCCACCACAACAUCCAAGGAAGUCAACAAGAAGACAGAGACAAAGCGUUCAGGGCCCGGCUCUAUUGUCGCGCAGAAGCGCAAGACCCUGAGCACAACUACCACCAACACUGUGGUCAAAGAUGAGAACUCUGAGGAAGGCGAACCGAUUCGCAAGAAGGCUCACACACUUGAUGCUGAGAAGAAGACAAAGACCGAAGUGAAAACGGAUGAGCCUGCACGCAAGGACGCUGUGCUGGUGGAAGCUCCGGUAGCCAGCGAGGUCGAGGAGCCUGGUUUACCUGAAGCCAUCCAGGCCCUCGACAGCGAAGACCUCGACGACCCGCUGAUGGUCGCCGAAUAUGCCAAUGACAUCUUCGAGUACCUGCGCGAUCUCGAGGUCAAAUCAGUACCCAACCCGCAGUACAUGUCUCACCAAGACGAACUCGAAUGGAAGACGCGAGGUAUCUUGAUUGACUGGCUGGUUGAGGUCCACACCCGCUUCCACCUGCUCCCUGAGACACUGUUCCUCGCCGUCAACAUCGUCGACCGCUUCCUUUCUGAGAAGGUGGUGCAGCUCGACCGUCUUCAGCUUGUCGGUAUCACCGCCAUGUUCAUUGCUUCCAAGUACGAGGAAGUUCUCUCGCCCCACAUCGCCAACUUCCGUCACAUUGCGGAUGAUGGUUUUACCGAGAACGAGAUCCUGAGCGCGGAACGUUUCGUCCUCGCCACGCUGAAUUACGAUCUCAGUUACCCCAACCCUAUGAACUUCCUCCGCCGUAUCUCGAAGGCUGACAACUACGACAUCCACUCGCGCACCGUCGGCAAGUAUCUUAUGGAGAUUAGCUUGUUGGACCAUCGCCUCCUGGCCUACCGCCCCAGCCAUGUGGCUGCUGCGGCGAUGUACACUGCGCGAAUGAUCCUGAACCGCGGUCCUUGGGAUGCGACGCUUGUGCACUAUGCCGGGUACACUGAGGAAGAGAUUCAGCCCGUGUUCCUCUUGAUGGUCGACUACAUGUCUCGGCCUGUCAUCCACGAAGCCUUCUUUAAGAAGUACGCUAGCAAGAAGUUCUUGAAGGCAUCCAUCACGUCGCGCCAGUGGGCAAAGAAGAACGCAAGCCUGUACGGCAUCGUGGAUAAUCACCUGCCCUUGGAUGAGGUCUCGUAGAGGCUUCACACUGGCUACGUUUUGCGACGACAUCCUACUUCAUCCUGGGGGGAAGGGUUGAAAGGCAAGCGUCACGUCACUUCCC